AAGGCUUCCAGGAGCAGGUAAACUCAUGCCGGAGCUCCGCGGAGUCGUGACGCGCUGACAGCGGGAGGAGAGCCCCCCGCCCCCAGCAUGGAGUCUGGAGUUCGUAGAGCCUGAAAAGGGAAACAGUCAGGUACCACGCGGGAAUAAUUAAAGAGUCCCAGAAGGGGAAAAAGAGGGCUGAUCUUUUUCUAAAGAAUCAAAGUGAUCAACGUGGAUGAGGAGCUCUGAAACGAAGCCGGACUGCCUGUGCGGACUGUGCGCGCACGCUCCGUCUGCCUCCAUCCACAGCCUCCACGCAGCCUCAGCUCCCACGGGAAACUUGUUUGUGCAGGCACCUGUUGUGGACCACAUUUGAUAUUGAAGUAUUUUUAGUUCUGAUUCCGGAAUCAAGAGAGAAAGACGCGCGAAAAAGCCUCUUUUCGUCACUUCAGAGCCUCUCCUCCACCCCGUGACCCCCCCCUCCUCGUGGGCGCAUUUGUCUCCAGGAUGCUUGUUCGUGAGGAAGACUGGUGGAUUUCACGGGCAGUGGAGGUGGUUUUCUCCUCGCUUUAGGCGCAGAAUGGCUCCUGUGAACAGCCUUCGUGCCGGUGGGGCUGCGGUGAACAGGUUGCUGUUGCGCUGAAACUUCAGAGCUGCGGGAGGAUGCUCAGGUCCAGGACAUUUGAAACCGCUUCUUAAAGUUAGAGAGGAGCCUCGGGGACAGCAGGCAGAGGAGGACACAUAUCUCCCAGCGCCACUUGCUCACUUUCCAAGCUUUGAGGAGAGAAGAGACCGGCCGCCGAUCUUGGCAGCAGCUUGUUGAUGGCACUGCGCACAGGGAGGACUUGGUUUGGGCAGGUCUUGCGCAGGGUCUCUCGGCUGCAGGGCUCCUGGUCCAGACGAUCGAGCAGUCUUCUGUGCCUCUCGGCGAACCAGGAGCAGGAUCCGGGCAUCUGUCCCCGGGAUCACUACAAGGCGGGGAACAGGUGCGCUGAACCCGGCGUCCGCGCUCCCCAGAGCGCGCCUUUCUGCGCCACCGCCGCCUCCAGGCGCUGCCCGCACGGCUUCCUCCACCCCUGCUGCGCCUUUCCUGGGAACCCGAGGGGACAUGAGCCCCUUGGUCGUCGGUUCCUGUUGGCCAUGAAGAGACAGAAUGUGCGGACCUUGUCCCUGAUCGUCUGCACGUUCACGUACCUGCUGGUGGGGGCCGCCGUCUUUGACGCCCUGGAGUCCGACUUUGAGAUGCGGGAGAAGGAGCAGCUGGAGGCGGAGGAGAGGCGUCUUCAGGGGAAAUAUAACAUCAGUGAGGAUGAUUACCGCAAACUGGAGAGCAUCAUCAUGGAGGCCGAGCCCCACAGAGCCGGGGUGCAGUGGAAAUUCGCGGGCUCCUUUUACUUUGCCAUCACGGUUAUCACCACCAUAGGCUACGGUCAUGCGGCACCAGGAACCGACGCGGGGAAGGCCUUCUGCAUGUUCUACGCCGUGCUGGGCAUCCCGCUGACCCUCGUCAUGUUCCAGAGUCUGGGCGAGAGGAUGAACACUUUUGUCAAGUACCUCCUGAAACGCAUUAAGAAGUGCUGCGGCAUGAGCAUCACCGACGUGUCCAUGGAGAACAUGGUGACAGUAGGCUUCUUCUCCUGCAUUGGCACGCUCUGCAUCGGGGCGGCAGCCUUUUCCCAUUAUGAGGACUGGAGUUUCUUCCAGUCGUACUACUACUGUUUCAUCACCUUAACAACUAUAGGCUUUGGGGACUUUGUGGCUCUCCAGAAGAACCGGGCCCUCCAGAAGAAGCCCUUGUAUGUGGCCUUUAGCUUUAUGUACAUCCUGGUGGGCCUGACGGUCAUUGGGGCCUUCCUCAAUCUGGUGGUGCUCCGCUUCCUGACUAUGAACAGUGAGGACGAGCGGCGGGACGCUGAGGAGCGGGCAUCGCUCGCCGGCAAUCGGAACAGUAUGAUCAUCCACAUCCAGGACGAAACAUUGCAGCGGGGUCGACGGCGGCGCGAGCCGUUCAGGGCGGAGGUGACUGACCUGCAGUCGGUCUGCUCUUGCCUGCACUACCACUCGCAUGACUUCGGCAGCUCCUCGGGAGGGCCCGGGGGCCUGGGCUGUGCCUUCUCCCAUCAGAACUCCCUCAGCUCCCAGCUGAACCCCCAUCAGUACUUUCAUUCGGUCUCCUACAGGAUCGAGGAGAUCUCACCCAGCACCUUGAAAAACAGCUUCUUCCCUUCGCCCAUCAGCUCGGUGUCUCCGGGUCUUCACAGCUUCACGGAUAACCAUCAGCUCAUGAGGAGGAGGAAGUCUGUAUAGACCCAGAACUGCCGGGACAAAUACGUCUCCUCUUUUCUACACAACCUUCCGAUGCUGCUCCCCUUCAGAUCUCCUCUCAGCACUUUGUUUCCCACUUGGGUUGUAUUUAAUAUCAGUGUUUCUGGGAACCAAGCAGAAAGCUGCAGAAGUGGACAUGAUGCGAUUUAAAGCAUGAAGCAUGGAUAUCUAUUUUUGAAAAAGAAAAAAACUUGACAGGAACUUCCUUGUUACAGAUUUAAGGUAGAAAACCAACAGCUUUGGUUGAAGAUGCACACUGUUGAAAUACUAUUUUUCAAAGGGAGAAUGCUUGUUUCACCUUAACUUGAAGAUAAUCAUUACUUUUAUUAUUCCAUUGCCUCACUGCAAAUAGAGAGUUUAAAAUAAAAUGAAGCAUCAGGUAUUGUUUUCUCAAAGCAAUCAUAUAUUUUAAUGCUUUCACCUCACUUUAAGCCAAAUUCUUGUUGCCAAUAUUAGCAUGUGAAUUAGACGUCAUUUACUAGUACGCCAUGGUUUUGUGACUUUGUUUCGUCCACUCUCAGAGCAGGUGUGUGAUAUGCAUCUAUUUGUCUUUGAAUCAAAGGAUCAUGCUGCUGUUAUAAUUAUUUCCUUUACAUGCUCAAAGGUCAGACAUGUCUGCAAACAUGACAUGACCCACCAGUAUUUUUCAUUUAAGUUCCAGCUGUAUUCUUUCCCCUCUGCUCAUGGUUUUAUAGCGUCUUCAUUGUCACACUUCCUGUUUCAGAGCUCAAAAGCUAGGAGCCGUCACCAGGGGGCAGUGCAGGCAUCAGCACUCAUGGCUGCAUCCUUCAUAAGAUUAACACAAGUUUGAGCAACUAAGUUGGUUCCUUUUGGCCUGUUUUUGUUGUUUGGCUUGUGUCACAUCACCAUCAUAUUUGGCUGAAGAUAUUUGCAGAAAAAAAAGAUGCCAUCCACCUUCAAAAACUGCUGACUCUCCUUUGGGGUCGCUGGAACAACCCGGCUGCUGCAGGGUGAGGGUGGGAUGCAGGUCAGAUCAGGACUGAUGUUCUGAAAUAAAUUAAUGAAAAAUAAACCCACAAACAAACCUCUUUUCUGCAGCUUUCAGCCCAAUUGACCCAUAGUUAAGCCAAAUUGAUAUAUAAUCCUGUUUCAGUUCUUUUUCAGCAUAGGAAUGUGUAAAGUCUCAAUAGAAACGUUAAACUUAAAUCUGGAUCCCACCUAGCGUAGCAGCAGAUCAGCUGGGAUGUGUUUCACAUAGACCCAGGAGCUGCAAAAAUUUUGCUCUGGGAUACAACGAAACUUUAAAAAAAUAACAUUAUUAAUUUAAUCACAUGACCUAAUUAAAAAAAAAAUGAAGUCCCAGAAUCCAAAGAAACUUGUUUCUGUUUUUUUUUUUUUUAUCAGAUCCAAACUGAUCCCAAAGGUAGAUGAAGUUGUGCUGAAUGACGUCCAGUUUCUUUAGAAAAUACUUGGAUGAUCAGUCAUGUAUGGCCGGAACUUGGUCUUCGGGCUGGUCUUCCUGAAAUGUGCACAAAAUACUGACUGAAAGAGAGACUGCGGCCUGCAGUUCAGGUAAUGACAGAGAGUUCAAAAUAAAUGUCUGAUGAAAGGAAAGACGGUUUGUUUAUAGUUGUGUCUAUUUUUUAAAAUUUAAACAUAAAGCCAAUGAGGAAAACAGCCAAAAACUCAAAAUCAAACCAGCAGUGGUGUGUGAGGACAAACCUGUGGAGAGAUUAUUGCAUUCCAUAGCGCAUGCUCAAAAAGCCACAGUCGUAUGGGGGGCGGGAGGGGGAUGCAUGUUGCCAUGCCCCAACGCCCCCCAGCGCUCAGAGGACCCGAUCUGGAGUCCGCUGCCAACCCCAGCUCAGAUCCACCAAUAAGGAGAGCUGCUGGUGAUGACGGAGAAGCAUUUUGACCUAAAAUGAGGACUGAUGGCUUCUAGAUGCACUUUGGAGCCAUCAGAGAGGCGUGUGAUAAACUGACCAGCGCUGACCCAGACGGCGAGAGCUCACAUGAGCAUCAGAAAACGUAAUACAACAAGAUGAUCCAUUCUCCUUUUUGUAAGAAACUAAACUGGAACAGAAAUGUUUAAAAGAAAUGGAAAGUGCAUGAACUUUCAUAUGGAAUAUCAUAAGUAUUCAAUAAUGGUUAACUAUCUUCAUGGCAAAUUAUGCAGAUUGCUUUACAGCCAUAUUCCUUUUGUACUGAAUUCAAAUCCACAGGAUCCACUUAGACCCUGAUGCAGACCUGAGCACCACAGGGAGGUUAGGGAACUGAUUUUCUGCUAGCACAUCUGACCAGCUGUGAGUGUUGAUCACUUCAGGUUCUGUUUCUGAUCUAAACCUCUCACUUCAUCCACAAAAGAGCUACGCUUCAUUUAAAUCCUAAUCUUUAUAGUCUGUGAAGACUCCAUGUCCAUUUCCCAGUCAGUUUUUGUUGUUGUUCUUACCAAACUCCGCCUUUGUGGAAGAUUUCCCCAGCUUAGUGACAUGCUGCAUGUUCUUCCUUUUUAAAGACCUUAGAAACAUGUUCUGCUUAGUUGAGAAUGAUGCACAGAAACGACAGUGCUAAAUGGUGAAAGGCUAUAAUUCCCUGCAUUCAACACAAAAGUGGCAGUAUUGCAGUCUAAGAUGAAACCUAAAGUCAGUAUUACAAUACAGAGACGUAUCUUACAUUUCCUGUAUUAUAUGUUUAUAAUGGCCUUUGGAAUAAAAAGCCUUUUUCUGGCUGAAAUGCAUUUUAUUUUUAAUCGCUAGCAAAUGUGCCUUGAGAAAAGCGACGGUUGGCUGCGGCUGGGUCUAUGCUGGAAUCUUGGAGCAGUUGUCAUUCAGAUGUGAUCUGAUACAAAAGUAACCAGAUAGUUUACAGUCAUUUCUGAGCACACGUGUAACAACAGCUGCCCCAAAGGUUCCCACGUAGAGACCGAAACAAAGACCAAAACCUUUUCACAUUUGCAGUUUUAUUCUACUCCCAUCUUAUGAACUCAUCUCAGUGCUAAAGUGAAGCCUGCAGAUUUUCUAAAACUGCUGUUUUUUGGAGAAUUUCGUUCUGACAAUGGGAGAGCCUCCCUGUUCCUUCUGGAAUGAAGCACAACGGUCAUUAGGUUUUUAGAUGCUUUCAUUGUUUCCAAAUCUGUUUCCUGAAAGUGAAUCCUUUCUUUGGCUAAUAUAAAUCACAGACACCGCUCGCUUCAGGCUAGAUUUCUUUGAACACUUGUUGUGUGCGGAUAAAGAAGCGUCUGGCAGCAGUGGUUGCUUUGCUUCGUGCUCCAGUUCAGUGAACCGUGCUGAUGUCGGCUGCAGAGGCGGACCAGAGCUCGGUUCUGUGGAUGGCAGAACACGGUUGUUUCACACACUGGAAACAGCAAAAGUGGAGAACAGAGGAUUUGCAACCAUUCGAUGUGCUUGUUCUCCUCUAAAAACCUUUGACAGCUAACAGUUGAUUUAUUUGCAUUGUGAUGCAGAACAGUGGAAUGCAAUGGCUGUGCUCACAGGUUACUGUGAAAAGAUGGAAACAAUCCCGGAACAGCAAAUAAAUCUGCUGACUUUCUGCUAAAACACAGCUUCAGACACUUGAUGGUUGUCAUGGAAACGCACCCAUCGGCUAUGCUGAUGUUUGGAUGCAGCAAUCUGAUGUGAUGGUAAACAACCAGCAGAGCAGUAAACCUCCAAACAAAAACCUAGUUUCUCUGAGUUUUUCACUGAAAGAAAAGUUUCAGUCUGCAGAAAGGAGUGCAUAAGACCACCUGCAGGAUUCAUCUUUUACACAAGUAUAAACAUACAUUCAAUCUAUUUAUGAGUUUUCAUUAAAUAACAUGAUUUAAUAUUAAUCUGUAUGAUCUCAUCCUUAAUUCAAACAUUUUGAUUUUCUGUUAUCCACCAGAUUUUCUCUAUCAAUGUGUUGAUUUAUGAGGUUUUUCCACUGUUCAUUGUUUGAAAAGUUUAAUUUUGCUCUCCUGAAACCCGUUUGGGUCUAGCCAUGCGCUUCCAUGACAGAUCAGCAAAAAAAUCUGUUAAAUCCUUUCUUUCUGUGUCCCCCACUCCCACCCCCAGGGAAGGAAGGAUCCAGAAGUGAAAGAAAACAUUUCUAGUCUAACUUUCCCCCUGUUGUUCCCUGAUCGUUUACACAUGCACAAAUAUUACGUCACUUCCUCUCUGAGGCAAACAUUGCGACAGUUAUUUUAUUUGAUUUACAUUUACUCUUGUAAUCUGUAUAUUUUUUAUAUGUUUGUUGUUCCAAGAUUGUAAACUGUGUAAUUCAUCAUCAAAAAAGAGCUUCCUCUGACUGGAUUACAGCACUAACAAAUAAAAGAACCUCAUCUAAAUGCAACACUGCAUAAUCCAGUAUUUUUGUCACUACAAACAAUCAACAAUACAUGAUAGAAUGACCUCCACGCAGCUAGGAGCCAUUCUUCUGAUCGCUUUCAUUUUUCAAAUGUUGGGAACAGGUAAAGAGGAGAAGUGAGUGUGUUUUACUCUGAGAUCUGACGUUUUAGCCGUUAAUAAAGUGUCUGUGGUUACGGAGAUACUAAAGUGUCAGUAUGUGACGAUGUAUCAUCGUACCUCAGGCAGUAGACUGCCAUCAAACAAAGCAGAAGAAGAAAACUUUUGUAAUCCUCUUGCAGUUUUUAGCAGGAUAGUCCUCAUCCUUACCAUUACUUUUUUUCUUUUUCUUCAAUUUUAAAGUAAACUUUUUCAUUAUUAUAAAUGUUUUUAUUAUGAAAUACAUUUGAAGAGGUUAUUAUUGUUAUUAACAUCUGAAGACCUACUCUGACUGUAAAAGGCUUUAGUGUCUGACGUAAUAUUCUAGCAUGUGUAAAUCAAUCAGGUAGCUGUUACAGAUCAGGGUGCAACACCCACUUCCUGCUUUUGUCUCCACUUCUACAUUCUGUCUUCACUUCCUGUUCUGACACUGCUUCCUGUUUCGCGCCACUUUUCUCCUUCAGAAUCUGCUGGAAUGAUCGUGGGAACAAUUGAAACGUUACAGUAAAUCAGAGAACAUAAACACUGAAACUUUGGUGUUAAAGGGUUAAAUGUGAAGCUUUUCAAAAAACGUAUUAGAUAGAAAAAAAAAUUCUACAAGUUGCUAGAGAUCUGUUUUCAGCUAAGAUGUCAGCCGUAGACCCCCCAUCCCUGAAUGUUAAAGGAGCAGCAGGCCGAGUGUUGCAGGACGUGUUUCAGUUUAUUUUGCAGCGUUUUUGCAACUUCCAGGUCUGCAGUUUGCAGAGUUUAUCUCUCUGUCAGCGGCGCCAUGUUCUCCUUCAACAUGGACACAGACACAUAUUGCACUAUGUUCCAUCGUCUACAAUAUUCUAACAAGGUUGAGUUCCAUUCAGACUUUUAUAAAACUCAUUUUCUUGACCGCUUUGUCCCUUUCGGGGUCGCGGGGGUGCCGGAGUAUAACCCGGCUACUGAUGGGCGAAUUCUAUGAAACUGUUUUUUUUUUUCUUGCAAUAGCUUCUUCUGCAGGUUUGAUGAACAAAUGAGAGCUGGAGUCAGCCUUGCCUCCCUGUGUGUACAGUACCUCCCCUCACAAAUGCCACUCUUUUCCAUCAUGCAGACGACAGACUGUGAAGACACGUCCAGGAUAAAGACUGAACGGAAAACGUUGCAUUUGUAUGUUCUCCUUUGGUUCUCCUCUCUGGAUCAGUGUGUGCAUGAUGUGGUGUGGAUGACUUACUGGGCUGAGCAGCCCGGGCCCGUGACACACUUGAAUAAAACUGGUGAUCCUCCCUCUGAAACCCUC